AUGAAAAAACAGAACGUUCGUACCUUAACACUUAUUGUUUCGACAUUCAGCUAUUUGCUCGUUGGUGCGGCCAUAUUUGACGCGCUCGAAUCUAAUACAGAAGAUUUGUUGCGCAAACAAUAUCAAUUGGCCGAAACGAGCAUGCUCCAAACAUAUAAUAUAUCUCAGAGUGAAUAUUUUGAACUUGAAGAUAUCGUUAUCAAAUAUCAACCACAUAAAGCUGGUGCACAAUGGAAAUUUCCAGGAGCAUUCUAUUUUUCUCUUACUGUCAUAACAACUAUCGGCUAUGGCCAUUCUUGUCCUACUACAAGUUGGGGAAAAUUCUUUUGUAUGCUAUAUGCUGUUAUUGGUAUUCCACUUUGUCUUGUUAUGUUUCAAUCUGUUGGUGAACGUUUAAAUAAUUUUGCUAGUUGGUGUAUAAAAUCAAUAAAAAAAUGUAUUAAAUUACGUCAUUAUGAAUCAACACAAACUGAACUUGUUAUCGUCGGAACUGUUCUAGCUGUUGGUGUUGUUACAGGUGGUGCCGCUAUGUUUCAUCAUUAUGAAGCAUGGGGAUAUUUUAAUUGUGUUUAUUAUUGUUUUAUAACAUUAACAACAAUAGGUUUUGGUGAUUUUGUUGCUUUACAAACAAAUGAAGCAUUAAAUACAAAUGCUUUUUAUGUUGUUCUAUCUAUGACAUUUAUUCUAUUUGGUUUAACAGUUGUUGCAUCAUCAAUGAAUUUACUUGUAUUAAGAUUUUUAACAAUGAAUACUGAAGAUGAACGUCGUGAAGAAAUUCAAUCAGCUGUUGCACGUAAUUCACUACGAUAUGAUAGUGAUAUUCUUACUCCAAAUGGUGGACUUAUUCCAUCUUUACUUUCCGAUCAGUAUGAUUAUUUAUCAACUGAAUUAACACCAUCAGAAUCAGAACCAUGUCAUUGUUGUUCAUGUUUUAAACGUAAAAAAAAAGAUCGUAAAAAAUUUACUGUUCGUCGUAUGCCGGGAAAAAUUGCACAUCUUGUACCAAUGCAACGGUUUGAUUCGGUAACGAUGAAAAAAGUUUUAUCAGAAACGAAACCGUCCAAUACUGAUUAUUAUCUGCAUUCAUCAACUAAAGUACCAUCAAUGCCAACAACAUCAGGAUUUGGAACUAAGACAUUAGUAGAUGAAUCUCCAAUGAUGGAUUGGCCACCACCGCCACCAUUUUCUUCUUCUUGUCAUCUUCCUAUUCAUACAUCCAUAUCAAAUAAUUCUUUAAAAUUACCUUAUGAACAAGCAAAAUGUGUGAAUAAUAAUGAUCGUGACAAGGCUAUUUCUCAAUCGAGAUUACCAACAAAACUUUCUCGUUUUCAAGAAGACACUGAGUUGAUUCCACUUCGACUCGAUGUCAAUGUCAAACGAUCUUCCGUGUGA